UCACGAUCAGGUGACGCGUAGCUCACAUGUUUACAUGCGCAGGAAGAGUCUGAUCUCUUCAAAAUCAAAUACACAUCUGUAAUGUUUUAAUGUAGACGUGCUAUAGGAGGAGAAUGUUUUGCUUAAACUGAACAGUGUCAGAUGAAUCAUGCAGCCCCUGAGAGAUGCUGAGCUGGGAGCCUCCACUUUUUUUGCCUCACCUCUUCCUCAUGAUGUGUGUGGAAGCAAUGGACUUCCUCUCACCCCCAACUCAAUCAAGAUCCUGGGCCGAUUCCAGAUCCUCAAGACUAUCGCCCAUCCUAGGCUUUGCCAGUAUGUGGACAUCACACGAGGGAAACAUGAACGUCUGAUUAUUGUGGCAGAGCAUCAUGAGAAGAGCCUGAAGGACCUUUUGAAGCAGGCCAAACCUGUCAGUCCAGAUAAGGUGCUAAAGAUCGCCUAUGAAUUGUUAGAAGGUUUGGAUUUCAUGAAUAAACACCGUAUGGUGCACCGUGCGCUGUCUCCUCAUAACGUUCUCCUGGAUCGUGAGGAAAAAGUGAAGUUGGCCAAAUUCGGCCUGUAUCAUAUGACCAACCACGGAGCAGAUGUUGACUUCCCCAUUGGGUAUCCAUCUUACCUGCCUCCGGAGGUUAUUGCUCAAGGCUGUUUUUAUCCCAGCGAACCCUCGAUCACAGAGGACCCUCUUCCCUCAGGGCCAAAAACAGACGUUUGGUCUCUCGGUGUGCUUCUGUUUGAACUCUGUGUGGGAAGGCAGAUUCUGCAGAACAUAGACAUUAGCGAGAGACUGAAGUUUAUCAUCAAUUUGGGCUGCAUGGACGACAUAGUCACUGUUCUAGCAGAGGAACACGGUUGCUUAGAUACAGUCAAGGAGCUGCCCGAAACUCUGCAGGCAUUAUUGAGGAAAUGUCUGACGUUUCUCCCAUCCAGAAGAUCCACCCCGGCUGAGCUUCUGAGGGAUUCUGUUUUUGAGAGCGUUUCCCAUCAGUAUAAACCCUAUCUGAGCCCUGUGAGAUUGUUUUCAUCUUCUCCCCGAUGUGCCCACCUGGAGCUUCCAGAGGACAUCAGCGAGCUCUGUAAAGAUGAUGGAGGAAACUACCUAUCAGAAAGAGCUAUAUAUGAGGUUUAUCACCUGUGGUGCCUGGCAGGAGGAGACCUGGAGAAAGAACUGACCAAUCAGGAGAUCAUCCAAUCCAAACCUCCAGUCUGCACACUUCCCAAAUUUAUUUUGGAGGACGGAGAAUCUUUCGGUCAAGGUCGAGACAGGAGUUUCCUCCUGGAUGACACGACUGUGACACUUUCGCUCUAUCAACUCAAAAAUAGGCUGAAGGAUGUCGCUGGAGAGACGUACUAUCCAUUAUUAGAAGACGAGCAAUCCAGUCUGCCUCAGUCUAACAGCAGUAAUGAACUGUCCGCUGCGGUCACCCUGCCUCUCAUUAUCCGCGAAAGAGACACGGAGUACCAGCUCACCCGCAUUGUCCUCUUCGACAGACUGCUCAAGACGUACACGUUCAAAAAGAACCAGAUCUGGAAGGAGGCCCGGGUGGAUAUUCCCCCACUUCUGAGAGGUCUGGUGUGGGCAACUUUACUAGGAAUUGAGGGGGAUAUCCAAUCGAAAUAUGAAAGUAUAGAUAAGGACACGCCCAUCCCCACUGACAGACAGAUUGAAGUGGACAUCCCACGUUGCCACCAGUAUGACGAACUGCUGUCGUCGCCCCAGGGUCACAACAAGUUUCGUCGGGUCCUGAAGGCCUGGGUUGUGUCUCAUUCUGACCUGGUCUACUGGCAAGGCUUGGAUUCACUCUGUGCGCCUUUCCUGUAUCUAAAUUUCAACAAUGAAGCUCUUGCGUAUGCUUGCAUGUCGGCCUUUAUCCCCAAAUAUCUGUACAACUUCUUCCUGAAAGACAACUCUCAUGUUAUACAAGAAUAUCUGACGGUCUUCUCGCAGAUGAUCGCGUUCCACGACCCCGAGCUUAGCAACCACCUCAAUGAGAUCGGCUUCAUACCAGAUUUGUACGCCAUCCCGUGGUUCCUUACGAUGUUCACCCAUGUUUUCCCUCUGCACAAGAUCUUCCACCUUUGGGAUACUCUGUUGUUAGGAAACUCAUCAUUUCCUUUCUGCAUUGGUGUUGCUAUUCUGCAACAGCUCAGAGACCGACUGCUGGCCAACGGCUUUAAUGAGUGUAUCCUGCUCUUUUCAGACUUGCCCGAAGUGGACAUUGAGCGCUGUGUCCGUGAAUCCAUCAACCUUUUCUGCUGGACUCCUAAAAGUGCCACUUAUCGGCAACAUGCCCAGCCAGCCAAAUCUGCCAGUGACGGCAACAGCUUUGGGAAAACACCCUCCUUUUACUCUUCAGAGUUUCAAGACCUGCCCAAAACUGACCUGAGCCGGGAGCCGUUGAAGUUGACCGAGCUGAAGUCAGAGGCAGCUCCUCGCAUCUCUGUGGAAGACAUCAUUGAGCUGUGUGAACUGAGUGGGCCGGCUUUCUGCAAGACUCCUGUGAAGAGAGCCAGAACCGGAAAACCUAAGAUUCUGGCAGUGGACAUCCGCAGCCUUGAGGACUUCAACCGCGGACACGUCCCUGGAAGCAUCAACAUUCCGUACACAUCCACGUUUGGUCCAGAGGGAGAACUGCUUCAGUGCCCAGCGUCCAGCACGCUGGCCGGAUAUAGAUUCCGUGUCAUUGUCAUCCUCAGCAACAUCAUGAAGAGCGCUACCACGUUUGCAGCUCACCUGGUGAAGGUGAAUUUUCCACGCGUUUGUGUCUUGGAUGGAGGAAUGAACAAGAUGAAGUCGACCGGCCUGUUAACAGUCCCGUCUCCACAGAUAUAACAGCACCUGUUUAUUUGGUUUGCUUUGUGAAUUCAUUUUUAUAUAUUGUGACAAAACAAGCUCCCGGCUAAUAAAUGUUUUGUUGUUAUAACCGUGUCAAAGAAUUCCUUUAGGGCAUUUUCAACAAAACUUUGAAUAAGUGAAUAACACAAUUUCACAAAAUGAUUUUUAUUUAUGCUGCUGGAGAUUAACUUCUGGGACCAAAUAAACGUUUUAAAAAACUUA